AUGUCCCCAGAUAUAGGCUGUGAGAUAAAGACCCUGAGGUGCACAGAAGUCGGUCGCAUUAGGCCAGGGGGACUCACCAAGAGUUUCAGUGCUGCUUCUGCUGGAACACCUGUUAACCAAAGCAGCUUCAGCUCCAUGUCCACGUCCCACAGCAGCGGUGGAGGCGUGGGAUGGAUCAGCGGUGGUUUUGGCAGCAGGAGCCUUCACAAUCUAGGGGCAAGCAAGAGGAUUUCCAUGAGCAGAGGGUACUGUUCUGCUAGACCAGGAUACGGUUAUGGGUCAGGUCAUGGCGGGUUGGCAGGUAGAGUUGGUGGAGCUGGGUUUGGGUUCGGAGGAAGAUGUGGCCCUGGAGGUAUUCAAGACGUCACGGUCAACCAACACCUCUUAGAACCUCUUAACUUGGAGACUGACCCCAAAAUGCAAAGAGUGCAGCAGGAGGAGAAGGACCAGAUCAAAUCCCACAACAAAUUUGCCUCCUUCAUUGAUAAGGUGUGGUUCCUGGAGCAACAAAAUAAAGUACUGGAGACCAAAUGGAGCCUCUUGAAAGACCAAAAAAUUGUGAAAAAUAACCUUGAACCUAUGUUUGACGCAUAGAUCAGCAACAUGAGGAGACAGCUCGAGGCUCCGGGAGGGGAGAGGCUGUGGCUCAGCGCAGAGCUGAAGACUACGCAGGAUGCUGUUGAAGUCUUCAAGAUCAGGUAUGAAGAGGAGAUCAACAAGCGCACCACUGCAGAGAACAACUUUGUUUUGCUCAAGAAGGAUGCGGAUGCCGCCUGUAUCAACAAGGUGGUCUUGGGGACCAAGGCGGAUGCACUGAGAGAUGAGGUUAACUUCCCGGGAGCCCUCUACGAAGCAGAGCUGGCUCAGAUGCAGACCCAGAUCUCCGACACCUCUGUCAUCCUGACCAUGGGCAACAACCGAACCCUGGACCUGGACGGCAUCACUGCAGAGGUCAAAGCGCGGUACGAGGACAUCGCCAACCGGAGCCGGGCUGAGGCGGGGUCCUGGUACCACAGCAAGUAUGAGGAGCUGCAGCUCAGGUCUGGCUGGCACAGGGACGACCUCCACAACACCAAGAUGGAGAUCUCAGGGAUGAAUCGCAUGAUUCAGCGGCUCCACUCGGAAAUUGAUAGUGUAAAGAAACAGUGCACCAGUUUGCAGACAGCCAUUGCGGCCGCCGAGCAGCACGGUGAAUUGGCCAUCAAGGAUGCCAGGGCAAAACUGGCUGGCCUGGAAGAUGCUCUGCAGAAAACCAAGGCAGAGCUGGCCUGGCAGCUCCAUGAGUACCAGGAGCUCAUGAACGUCAAGCCUACCCUGGACGUUGAGAUCGUGACCUACAGGAAGCUGCUGGAAGGUGAGGAGAGCAGGCUGGCUGGAGAAGGCGUUGGUACUGUGAAUAUUUCCGUGGUCUCAUCCAGGAGCAGCUACGGAGGUGGGAACACACUGGGGCUGGACUCAGGCUUCAGCAACAGGCUCAGCACGGGGGGAAGCGGUGCCAGCUCCAGCAGCGGGGGCUGCCUGGCUGGGGGAUUCAUCUCUGGUGUGGGAAGCAGCUCAAGCAUGAGGUUUGUAUCGAAAAGCACCACCAAGAAGAGCUAUCAGAGCCAAGUCGUGGUGGCACCCAGCUCAUCCAGAGCGGAAGAGGUUGAGCACCUCCUCCUGCUGCCAACACAAAGCCUGUUAACGCCAUCCAAAGAGCCACACUGA